AUGAACGUUCAGCAGCAAAGAAAAAUUAUUCACUCUUGGUAUGGAAAACCCAUGAGCUCCGACAGGAAACUGAGGACUUUCCAGUACAGGGGCAUCCUUAUUACACCAGAAAGAAGCAGAAAGGAAACCUGUGUGCAGCUCGGUGAUUUUGUUUUAGUAGAAGGGGAGAACGCAGACGAACCUUUUGUGGCACAGCUCCUGGAUUUGUAUGAAGAUGGUGCUCAGCAGAAGCACGCCAUUGUGCAGUGGUUCUCCCGGAUCUCAGAGGUACCGCAGAACAAACGCAAGCUUCUGAAGAGGCAGAUCUCUCCCAAAGAAGUGUUUCUGGAUCAGGUUCCUGGCUAUGACACUGACAUAGCUGUGGAGAGCAUUAUUAAAAGCACCAUGGUAAUACCUCUACAUCUGGGGGAGCAAAUACCUGCUGCAUUAAACAAGGAACAAACUUUCUAUGUAAAACAGUCAUGGGAUGGGAAAUGCUUUAAGGUCUUGUCCUGUGACACAUUCUGUAAGCUGAAAGAAGCUAACAAGAAAGGAUGUGGCCUCCCAAACUCUUCAGACUCAUUGAUUGCUUCAGACAUUGUUUCUCCCCUGAAAAAGCAGGUGAAGAGUGUUGUUGAGAGUGCCACAAACCCAAGGAAUGGGGAGCUGGAAAUAGAAUCAAAACAUUCUGCUUCCAAGUCUUCCCUCUCUAAGGACAGGCAUUCCCAGAGAGUGGCUAAUGGCAUCAGGACUCCAACAGCAAGGAAGAAGCUGCAGUUAAACAGUCCCACAAGAUCUAAAGGCAGGCUCCUGGGAUGUGAAGUUUUGGAACUUUUGGAUGAUGACUGUGAUGCUGUAGCACCGUCAGAGCCAUCAGCCACCAAAAGAAAAGUGCAAUUCACUGGCAUUUUAGGCUCCCCAUCAAAAGUACCUUGCACCAAUGCAAAGCCCAAGUCAACAUGUGGUGAUGCAGAGCACUGGGGCUGUCUUGCUGAUUCCAGACAACUAUCUCCUUACCCUAAGGUCAGAGACUUCAGUGAGCAAGCCAAGGAUCCUCAUAAGGAAGAUGACUCUAACUGCGUGACUGGACAUCAGGAACUGGACACUCAGAGCCUCGUUCUGACGCCGCGUUCCCGCCGCGCCUGUGCACAGCGAGCGAGCAGCCGGAUCGCAGAGCACAUCAGCAUAUUAAAUGCACUGGAGUUGGACAAGGAAGAGGAUUUUCUGCCUAGCUCAGACAGCUCUUAUUCUUCAAGUAGUGAGGAAGAGGAGGAUGAUGUGCUCUGCACACCACCAAAGAAAACUAAAGGAAGCAGAACACUCAGCACCCCACUGUCUUCGAGGAAGUCUUUGGUUCACACUCCUGCAAAGACUCCAAAGAAAACUCUCUUACCAGGAACUCCCAAGACGCCUCGGAAUGCAACUCCUGAAAUCCCCAGGCGCAGCCACGCGGCACAGAAACCAGGCAGUGUCCUGGAGGAAGCCAGGCUAAGGCUGCAUGUUUCUGCCAUCCCAGAGUCUCUGCCUUGCCGUGAGGAAGAAUUCCAUGAUAUCUACAACUUUGUGGAAAGCAAACUUAUUGAUGGAACAGGAGGGUGCAUGUACAUCUCUGGAGUGCCUGGCACAGGUAAAACUGCCACUGUUCAUGAGGUGGUUCGCUCCCUGCAGCAGGCUGCAGAGAAUGAUGAGCUCCCAGCAUUCCAGUCUGUGGAGAUCAAUGGCAUGAAGCUGACUGACCCUCACCAAGCUUAUGUGCAGAUACUAGAGUUUCUGACAGGCCAGAAGGUGACAGCAACCCAUGCUGCAGUGCUGUUGGCAAAACUCUUCACUACACCAGGACCAAAGAGGAAGACCACAGUGCUGAUAGUGGAUGAGCUCGAUCUUCUCUGGACCCGGAAGCAGAAUGUGAUGUACAAUUUAUUUGACUGGCCCACUCAAAAGCACUCCAAGUUAAUCAUCUUGGCCAUUGCCAACACCAUGGACUUGCCAGAGAGAAUAAUGAUGAACAGAGUAGCCAGCAGGCUGGGCCUCACCAGAAUGUCCUUUCAGCCCUACACCUACAAACAGUUACAGCAAAUCAUUUCAUCCAGGCUGCACAGCACGAAGGCAUUUGAAGAGGAUGCAAUUCAGCUGGUUUCCAGGAAGGUUGCAGCACUGUCUGGUGAUGCAAGGCGCUGCCUCGAUAUCUGCAGGAGGGCCACUGAGAUCUGUGAGUUUGCUAGCCAAAAGACAACCCCUGAGAUAGUCAGGAUGGCCCAUGUGACAGAAGCCAUAGAUGAAAUGUUUUCAUCAUCCUAUGUAAAAGCAAUCAGGAAUGCCUCCUUGCAUGAACAGAUCUUUUUGAAAGCAAUUUUGGCAGAGUUUCGAAGGGCAGGCGUUGAGGAGGCAACAGUACAACAGGUGUACCGUCAGCACGUGGUGCUGUGCAGGGUGGAGGGCAUGCAGAGCCCCACGGUGUCGGAGGUCAUGGCAGUGUGUUGCAGACUUGGUGCCUGCAGGAUCUUGCUGGUGGAGCCCAGCAGUAAGUACCUGCAGGCGCGGGUGAGACUCAACAUCAGCCAGGACGACGUCACCUACGCGCUCAAGGAUGAGUGA